AUACUUGUAAGUAUUUAAUUUUUGAACAUUGCCCCACGGAUGUGGAAUUUUAAUUCAGUUUUUGCUCAUUCUAACUACACCAUAAUCGGUACUAUUAUCAUCGCUUUACCAUAGAAAAACCAGUCGAGUAGGUGUUACACCAUUGAUUAUUUUAAUUGCUUAUUGUUUUUCCAAUAGUGCGCACAAUUAAAUGAAUAAAAAAAACGAUUAUUUUAGUAAAAUGCCAUCAAAUGACUACGUAGCAUCUUUGGACAUCGGUACCACGACCAUAAGGUGCACAAUUUUAAAUUCUUUAGCUCAAACUGUUGGCUCUGCUCGGUCUACGGUAAGUCGCAAUUUCGCAUUUUCCACUAAUCAAAAACCUCUCCAGGUGAAAUUAAUUUACCCAGAGCCCGGUUUCGUUGAGAUAAAUCCGGACCAACUUUGGGAACAAAUUUUAGAAAUAAUAAAAAAUGCCGUUUCAGAUGCAAACUUGGAUAUUGUAAACAUUAAAUGUCUUGGAAUAUCAACACAAAGAUCAACGUUUCUAACAUGGGACAGCCAAACCGGGAAACCGUUCCACAAUUUUAUCACGUGGAAGGACAUAAGGGCGAAAAAUCUAUGCAAGGAGCUGAAUUCGUCCUUCCUUGUGAAGGCGUUUCGUUGCGCAGCUUACAGUUUGUAUCUCGUCACGAGAAGCAACAGGUUUUUGAUUGGAAGUAGGUUAAAAUUUGCCGCAAACCAUGCCACAGGCCGCCUCCUUUGGGUCCUCCAAAACAACCCCGUGCUUAAAACCGCCGUUAGUGAACACAACGCAAAAUUCGGGACAAUCGAUACUUGGCUAUUACACAAGCUCACAAAAAAUAAAUUGCACGUAACUGACAUCAGCAAUGCUUCGGCCACCGGUUUUUUCGACCCGUUCGUUUUCGAGUGGGGCUCCUGGGCCAAAGUCAUUCUGGGCAUCCCCAUGGAGAUCCUCCCCCAGGUGGUGCCAAACGAUUAUGAUUUUGGGUCGACGGAGGAAAAAAUUUUCGGGGUUUCGAUACCGAUUCGCUGUAUUAUGGCAGACCAGUCAUCAUCAAUGUUUGCCUCUAGUUGUUUCGUACCUGACGAUAUUAAGUUAACUCUAGGGACUGGGGCCUUUUUGGACGUGAACACCGCUGGGGAAAUUCAUACAAGUGUGACAGGGAUUUAUCCCCUAGUUGCUUGGAAAAUUAAAAAUGAAGUGACCUGUAUUGGAGAAGUUGCGUGUAAUGACUGUGGUUCUUUAAUUCAGUGGCUCUUGAAUAUAGGACUUGUGACAAAACCUUCAGAUAUUUACGGCAUGGUCACUGGUGUAGAAGACAGCGAUGGGGUUUAUUUUAUACCAGCUUUUAGUGGGUUGGGUCCGCCGAUAAAUGACGAAAAAGCGAGUUCUGGUUUUUUGGGAAUCAAACCAACCACAACUAAAAAUCAUCUAGUUCGUUCGGUUUUGGAAGGAAUUACGUACAGGGCUGUGCUAGCAUUCCAAACAUUAAAAAAAGAACGAAAUAGGGAGUACUACAAAGUCACAGUUGAUGGUGGAGUUUCAAACAACGACUUCGUCUGCCAGUUAUUUGCAGAUUUAACAGGAAUUGAAGUUGAAAGACUGGACUCUACUGAAAUGUCCGUUUUAGGCGUAGGAUUUUUAGCGGGAAUUAUAGCCGGUGUUUGGAAGACCAAUGAAGAAAUAAAAAAGUUUAAUAAAGUACAAAAAUUAUUUAGUCCAACAGCUGACCACAUUUAUAGGAAACGGUGUUUUGAGGAAUUUAAUAAAUGGAGAAAUGCUGUGGAGAGGUUUAAAUAUUGGUAUGAAGAAGACUGAAGUAUUAGAAGUAGAAGCCAGAAGUCCUAAAUAUGUGUUGAGUGUCUUUAUAUCAACUUGUGCAUUUAUAUUUUUGUAUAAAAACUGGUGAAUAAAAGAAUUAUAACAUAAAAAA